AUAAACCCCUUUGGCACCGCCCACCCGUCUGCCGGUCUGAGCCGUCUGUCUCCUCGCACGCCCUCAGCCCGUUCGGCGCAAUGCCACCACCGCCGGCGCCGCGCUUCCUCUCGCUCGCCUCGCCGCCUGCGCUCCUGCCCGUACACCACCACCACAACCACCCCAGGAGCCUACUACCCCCGCUCGUUGCCUCCACCAGGAAGGCCGCCGCGCUUCCCGCGUGUCCCGUCGCGUCCCCGCGCCACUCCGACUACUUCGACCCUCGGGCCCCGCCGCCGCCGCGCGGGGACGGCGGCGGGUACGGGCGGGCCCCCAACGGCGCGCAGGACGGGAGGGUCUUCACCAGCUACAGCAUCUACAAGGGCAAGGCCGCGCUCUCGUUCGACCCCAGGCCGCCGCAGUUCGUGCCGCUCGAUUCUGGGGCAUACAAGGUGGCCAAGGAGGGAUUCGUGCUGCUGCAGUUCGCGCCCGCCGUGGCCACUCGACAGUACGACUGGACGCGCAAGCAGGUGUUCUCAUUAUCUGUGUGGGAGAUAGGAACCCUGCUUACUCUUGGUCCAACAGAUUCUUGCGAGUUCUUUCAUGACCCUUUCAAGGGGCGGAGUGAAGAAGGUAAAGUGCGUAAGGUUCUAAAGGUUGAGCCAACACCAGAUGGCAAUGGUCGCUUUUUCAACCUCAGUGUCCAGAACCGACUUAUCAAUGUUGAUGAGAGCAUUUACAUCCCUAUAACCAAGGGAGAGUUUGCUGUCAUUGUAUCAACUUUCAAUUACAUCAUACCACACCUCAUGGGCUGGAGCACAUUUGCAAGUUCAAUCAAACCCGAGGAGUCGCGCUUAUACAGCAGGCCUCAGUCCACAUCAGAGUACGAAUGGCGAAGGUGACACGCUGAUCAACCACAGCAAAAAAAUGGCUACAACUCACACUUGAGGGAUGGAAUUGUUGGUAUCGUUUGGCUGGGUAAUCUCAGAUGUGGUUAGUUGAUGGAUGCCUUUUUGGGUUACUCCUGUUUCUUUUCUAGUUAUUAAUCAGGCAGGUAGCACGACUUCUAUCCAGAUAUUCACGGGCUCGUAGGGGUCAUAUUUUGGGCAGCACAUCUCAGUUCUGACAUUGAAGGAGGCAGUAGUGGUUGUGUAGGUUGCCAAUGCCUCAUGUGAAUCUGCUCCUUGACUCCAUUGUUGGUCGGACUCAGCUGAGAAAUGCUUUUGGCUGCCGGGAAAGGGGUUGGCCUUUGUUCAUGAAUUACUUGCAUACAUGAGAUUAUUGUAUGUAUACAUGUAGUCUGCGACUCUGCGUUAA